GUCUGUAAAUGUUAUAUCGAAAAAAGUCGAGUACGGUGAUAUCAAGAAGACCCACAUUAAGUGUUUUACUCAAAAACAAUGUUCUGUAUUGUUUAAACAUGGCAAAAUCUUACUUCUUUGCAACUGGUCAGGACCUGGAACUUGAGUCACUCUCCUCAACUGAGAAUAGGCUCAUUUUAUAUUACUUGGAUAAUCUUUCUGAUUCCGUUUCUGACAUAAUUCUAUCUUCGACUUCUGAUACUCUUGGGAUUGCCUUAUCUAUGCUAGAAUUGGAUGUUGGAGCUACCAAACCAGAAAUUAAAACUCGAAUAGAAAGACUUAUAUCGGAGAAGAUAAAAGUAUAAAUGGGUGUGUA